AUGAACAAAAUAUUUAACGAGCACGAAUAUGACACUAAACCUGGAACAAGUUUUGAUCGUCAUUUUACUGAACCGGCUUCAGUUUUCUUUAAUGGAAAAAUACGUAUAUUUAGUGAACUUGAUUUGUCUUCACGGGAGGGGGAUGUUCUUGUUAAUUUUUGUGCUAGCGAUAUUCUUUCUGGUGAUGAAACAUUUUUGGGAAUUCAUGAACUUUCUGGAGAUAAAUUGAAGGAUGUUUGUGUCAGAUAUAAAUCUCUCGGUAUUGGAAGUUGUCGAUUUACUGAUUCUUUUGGACUCAACAAUUUUAAAAUACAAAGCGAUGAUUGUGUUGAUAUAGAUGAACUUGUAGAAUUCGAUUUAAUGCUUUGCUAUAGAAAUGUGAUGGAUUUAUUGAUAGAGAAAGGGUAUAAUUCUGUUGUUUUUACACAUCCACUUCUUUAUAUGGAUAAAACAAGUGUUGUUACUUUGGCUGUAACUGUUUUGACUUAUUGGAUGGAAUUUUCUGUUUAUGCAGAAAAACUCAAUUUCAUCAGCAUUGUCUGUUCAUCCAAAGAAAUUUCACAAUAUUAUAUUAACAGUUUGGAUGAAUUGGCUGCUCGUGGAUGGGAGGAAUUUGCUAUUUCACAUUCAAAUGUUAUUUAUUCUUAUUUACUUGAGACAUUUGGAUAUGAAGGAAGUAAUUCUGCCGGUUUUAAAGGGAAUGAAAUAGAUCCAAUAUUAAGACUUCGAUAUAUAGAGCCAAUUGAAUAUAGUGAACCACUUUAUGACUUGCGGAUAUUGGAAGUUGUUUUUGAGCGAGAAUAUGCGCCUUUGGUAUUGUUAGAUCACGACUCUAUUCUGCAGCAAUAUCAACAAUUAAGAGACAGUAAAGGUUUUUAUUCUCCGGAUGGUGUUCAUCUUCAACUUUCUCGAAAUUUAAGUCAUUCUAUUUUGUCUAUCGAGGAGAAACAAGGCGGUCUUUUAAGGCAAUAUAGAAUGACAACUCAAAACCGUGAAGGAGAAACUUUUUACUUUCGAUGUUCUCGUUGCGAGUCCUUAAUGAGAUAUACAAAUGAGCAAUUCCGCCCAAAAAUUAUUGUUCGUGAAGGAUUAAUUCAAGGAGAUUGUUACCCAUCCCAUCACCCUCAAUGUUUUCCAGCAAAUAAAGAAUGGGUAAUUCUUCAACAAUUACAUCGACAAGCUAGAUUAUAUUUAAUUGAAAUGACUACAGCUCAACAAUUUGAAAAUUUUGAUGAAAAUUAUGGAGAAGAUCACGAAUAUGGACAAGAAUUUGUUUUUAAUGAUUAUUUACCUGAUAGCAAUUUACAACAAGGAAGUAAAGAUUUUGGACAAAGAGAGGUUUUUAAAUUUUUAGAAAUUUAG